AUGAAUUCUAUGCGUGAUCAAACCGGGAGCCCUUAUGGAGAUUCAACAACUCCUCGUAGUCCGUUUUCACCAUUUUCAAAUCUUGCAGAUUCCAAAACACCACGUAGUCCUUUCUCUCCUUUUUCUCCAUUAUCUGGAGACGAAAGGCCCAAAAGCUUUCAGGAAGUCCUUACCAGCUCUGGCACAUUAGAUCCAUCAUCCCCUGGAUCAAUGCACCAUGGAGGACACAAGUUUCAUGAGGUUUUCCAAAUGAAACAGGGCCGUUAUGAUCUUCACGCCUCCAAGAUCUCCGAAAUGAUGAAAUCCAAUAGCUUAGAUAAUGCUCCUACGCAGUCACUUCUAAGCGUUGUGAAUGGAAUUCUUGACGAAAGCAUUGAAAGAAAGAACGGUGAAAUCCCUCAGCGAGUGGCUUGCCUGUUGAGGAAAGUCGUGCAAGAGAUUGAGCGACGCAUCUCAACUCAAGCUGAGCAUCUAAGAACGCAAAACAACAUUUUCAAAACUCGUGAGGAAAAGUACCAGUCAAGAAUCAAAGUCCUUGAAGCCUUAGCAUCAGGAAGUGGUGAAGAACAUGAGACAGAGAAGGCAAAAUGGGAAGAACAAUGGAAGAGCGAAGAGGAAGAUAUGGCCAAGCUAUCGAAAGAAAACGAUCAGUUCAACAUAGAAAUCUCCGCGUUAAGGCAAGAACUAGAGACAACUAAGAAAGCAUACGAACAGCAAUGCUCUAAGAUGGAGACUCAAACGAUGGCUGCAACAACAGGACUUGAGAGCAAGCUCAAGGAGCUUGAACUAUCUGGCAAAGAGGCAAACACUGCGAAAACCGCUCUUGAGGAAAGGGUCAACGAGCUUGAACAAAUGGGGAAAGAUGCAAACUCUGCUAAAAUGACUCUUGAGGAAAAGAUCAAAGAGCUUCAAGAAAUGGAAAAGGAAACAAGAACUGCUAAUACAAGCCUUGAAGGAAAGAUACAAGAGCUUGAACAGAACAUUAUCAGCUGGAAGAAUAAAGUCAAAGAGAUGGAGGAAAAAUCUGAGUCCAAUCUCCAACGUUGGAGUCAGAAGGAAGUUUCUUACAGAAAUUUUAUUGAUCACCAGUCUCAGGCACUACAGGAAUUGAGGUCUUAUUCAAGAUCCAUCAAGCAAGAAAUAUCGAAGGUUCAAGAGAACUAUACGGAACAAUUCAGCCAAUUAGGAAAGAAACUCAUUGAACUUAGCAAUGCUGCUGAAAACUAUCACGCUGUACUAACCGAAAACCGGAAGCUUUUCAACGAGCUUCAAGAGCUAAAAGGAAACAUAAGAGUGUUUUGCCGGGUGAGACCUUUCCUUCCUUCACAAGGUGCACCAAACACAGUGGUCGAGUACGUUGGCGACGACGGUGAAUUGGUAGUUACCAAUCCCACUAGACUUGGAAAAGACGGUCUUCGCCAGUUUAGGUUCAAUAAGGUUUAUAGUCCAAGUGCUACUCAAGCUGAUGUCUUUACGGACAUAAAGCCCUUGGUUCGGUCAGUACUUGAUGGAUUCAAUGUUUGUAUAUUUGCAUAUGGACAGACAGGAUCAGGAAAGACUUAUACAAUGACUGGUCCAGAUGACUCAAGUGAAGAGGAUUGGGGAGUUAAUUACCGAGCUCUCAAUGAUCUCUUCAAAAUCUCUCAAUCACGAAAAGGAAACAUAAAUUAUGAAGUUGGUGUGCAAAUGGUGGAGAUAUACAAUGAACAAUGUGUAGCCAUUCUUUUUUUGGUUUGCCUUGACCUGCACACACUAGGGAUCCUUUCUACAACUUCACAAAACGGUCUGGCUGUUCCAGAUGCAAGCAUGUUUCCAGUGACAUCAACCUCAGAUGUGAUUACAUUGAUGGACAUUGGACUACAAAACCGAGCCGUUGGCUCUACUGCCUUGAAUGAAAGAAGUAGUCGCUCUCACAGCAUUGUCACUGUUCACGUUCGCGGCACAGAUACGAAGACCGGUUCUGUGUUAUACGGAAAUCUUCAUUUGGUGGAUUUGGCAGGAAGUGAGAGAGUAGAUCGCUCUGAAGUUAAAGGAGACAGACUUAGAGAAGCACAACAUAUAAACAAAUCUUUGUCUUCUCUUGGAGAUGUGAUCUUCUCUUUAGCUUCAAAGAGUUCUCAUAUACCAUACAGAAACAGCAAGCUAACACAAAUACUCCAAAGCUCUCUUGGAGGACGAGCAAAAACCCUAAUGUUUGUGCAACUCAAUCCUGACGCUACUUCAUAUUCAGAGUCAAUGAGUACGUUGAAAUUCGCAGAACGUGUCUCUGGGGUCGAACUUGGUGCUGCAAAGAGUAGUAAAGAUGGUAAAGAUGUUCGAGACUUAAUGGAACAGUUAGCGUCCCUUAAGGACACGAUAGCGAGAAAAGACGAAGAGAUAGAGAGGCUUCAGUCGGCAAAGGACGUUCAACAUCCUCAGAGAGUUCAGAAACCAAUGUUGAGGAGAAAGAGUUUUGGACAAACCGAUGACAUAAACUCGGAUACAUCAAUGGAAGACUCGAGGUCGUUUCAACAGUCAAGACAUUCUCUUACCGAUGGAGAGAGCUUCACGUCCUCCGUCGAAGGAGAGUACGAGGAGAGGUUGAGCGAGGCUACCUCUGAUGUUGCUUCUGUCGGAACUCAAGGAUCACCCAUGGAUGCUGCUAAAAGACCACCCAAGAUUUCAGAAAGAGCUAAGUCAACGACUUCAAGGUCUACGAGUAUAACACGACCGCUCGAUAAACUUCGGAAAGUUGCUACAAGAACAACAUCGACUGUUGCUAAGGUUACGUCGGGCUUGUCAUCAUCAAGCAUUAAGAAGACAGGUGGUGCUUCUAGUUUGGCAAAGUCUUCUAAACGGUGGGCGUAA